GGGGUAAUAGUACUACGUUGCUUGUGCAUUUUUGAGUGGAUUCUGCUUGUAUGCUUAUUGUUUUUUAUUUCGCCAUAUCAUCGUAUCCGUUAGCCGGCAAUAUUUAAAGUAGGCCACUAUCGUUCGUUUUACUGCAGUGGAAAGUAAAGUAUUUGAUUUUGUCCAAAUACUUCUUUGACUAGUUUUUCUUUCUGGAUUGAGGUUAGAUCUCAACCUACACAAACAAAAUAACACUGGCGCUAGCAUUGACACUUGACACAUUGGUGCGAUGUUAUUUCUGUGGUAAAAUUGGUAAAAUCUAGCAGUGUGUGAUAAUAUUCAAAGAAAAAUUACUAACAAGGUUGCCUAGGACUUUCUUCAACAGGGCGGCAAGCUGGCUGCCCCGGGCGAUGACUGCCGCCAGGCGCCGUGCCCGCCCGUCCUCUGGCUCUCCAGGCGUAAACAAGGAUUGCAUGUGCGGGGCGCCGCAGAGGAGUUGAGUGUGAGGAUGACAGCGGAGACCAACCCUGUGGCCCCGCCAGGAGGCGAUGCCGACUACAAGAGCUAUGACACGGAGUACGCUCGGAUGGAGGCUUGGCUUGACGAGCACCAGGACUUUGUACAGGACUACUUCCUAAGGAAAGCAACCAGACAAGUGGUUGAUGCUUGGCUGCUGAGUCACUCCUCGGCCUCUCAACAGGAGCGGGGCUGUGGAGGUGAGAUGGGGGCCACACCUCCACCACGCACUCCGUCAGGUGCCACCACUCCUGUCCGCAAGAUAUCUGCUCAUGAGUUUGAGCGGGGUGGACUGCUGAAGCCGAUCGUUAACACCAUCGACGGCACCCCCACCUUCUUGUCCGACGGUAACAACUGUACGGCUCAGCAGCGACCCCAGCGGCGGUCACAGCACGACCUACGUCACCUGGACGAGAAGGAACUCAUUUUCGAGUUGGUGAAGGAUAUAUGCAACGAGCUGGACGUUCGCUCUCUGUGCCACAAGAUCCUACAGAAUGUGAGCACGUUGUUGCACGCAGACCGAGGCUCGUUGUUCCUAGUGCAGGGGGAGAAGCCAGCCCCCGUCGCCCCACCUGUCCCCACACCCACCCCCCGCCGCAAGAUCAGUAUUACCAACCACAUCCGGCCUGUCGGCUGCAUCAGUAUUGAAGAACAUCCUGUCGGUUCAAAGUCUCCUUCACCUCAUUCGGACUCUGGUUGUCCAGCCACCAUCAUUAGCCCCAACUCCGGCUCUGUGGUGGUCGGGUCCCCGGUCAUCGGGUCAACCAACACCGGCUCAAUAUCCACGCCAGAGUGUCACCCAAUGUCGCACACGACGCAGUACGGCCACCACCGCAACAACAACCACUACGGCUGUCAGUCGCGCUGCCUUGUCAGCAAACUAUUCGACGUCUGCUCCCGCUCCACGCUGCAGGAGAUGGAGAAGAAGGAGGAGAUUCGGAUACCAUGGGGUACGGGGAUUGUGGGAUACGUGGCGGAGAGUGGUGAACCUGUCAAUAUACCCGACGCUUACAAGGAUGGAAGGUUUAACCAUGACAUUGAUGUGAGAACGGGAUACAAGACGAGAACGUUACUGUGUAUGCCUAUCAAAGACUGUAAUGGAGAAGUUAUAGGUGUCGCCCAGGUUAUCAACAAGCAGGGAGACUCAAGUUUCACGCUGAAUGAUGAGAAGGUGUUCUCCAGCUAUCUGCAAUUCUGCGGCAUCGGACUGAGGAACGCCCAACUGUAUGAGAAGAGUCAGCUAGAAGUGAAACGGAAUCAGGUGCUGUUAGACUUGGCCAGGAUGAUAUUUGAGGAGCAGAGCACAAUAGAGCAUAUGGUGUUCAGGAUACUAACUCACACUCAAUCACUCAUCCAAUGCCAUAGGGUGCAGGUGCUCCUCCUCCACAAAGCCUCUCAAGGAAGCAGUUUCUCACGGGUCUUUGACUUUGAAGCCUCUGACUUGGAGGGAGAUGAACCUGACGAGCGAACAAGUCCGUUUGAGAGUAGGUUUCCCAUCAACGUCGGCAUCACCGGUUAUGUAGCCACUACAGGUGAGACUGUCAACAUUCCAAAUGCCUAUCAGGACGAGCGGUUCGAUCCUUCAGUUGACGAAGGAACGGUCUUCAAGCACAAAACCAUUCUCUGCAUGCCGAUAAAGAACUCUUCUGGACAAAUUAUCGGUGUUAUACAACUAAUCAACAAAUUUGACGACCUUCCUUUUACAAAGAAUGAUGAAAACUUUGUGGAGGCCUUCGCAAUAUUUUGUGGAAUGGGAAUUCACAAUACUCACAUGUAUGAGAAGGCAAUGAUUGCCAUGGCCAAGCAGAGCGUGACGCUAGAGGUUCUCAGCUAUCAUGCGUCCGCCACUCUAGAGGAGGCUCAAAGACUCAGGAGUUUGAGGAUACCAGCCGCACAAAACUUCAACCUGCAUGACUUCAAGUUUGACGACAUCCACAUGGAUGACGAUGACACUCUUAAAGCUUGCUUACGUAUGUUCCUGGACCUGGACUUUGUGGAAAGGUUUCAUAUAGACUACGAGGUGCUUUGUCGGUGGCUUCUCUCUGUCAAGAAGAACUACCGCAACGUCAUCUACCACAACUGGCGACACGCGUUCAACGUCGCUCAGAUGAUGUUCUCUAUAAUCACCGCGACCCAAUGGUGGAAGAUAUUCGGGGAGAUUGAGUGUAUGGCGCUUAUCAUCGCUUGUUUGUGUCACGAUCUUGACCAUCGGGGGACCAACAACUCCUUCCAGAUCAAAGCUUCUUCGCCCCUCGCUCAGCUGUACUCCACCUCCACAAUGGAGCACCAUCACUUCGACCAAUGCCUCAUGAUCCUCAACAGCCAGGGUAACCAGAUUCUAGGCAAUUUGUCUCCUGAUGAGUACUCCAGGGUCAUCAAAGUUCUGGAGGACGCCAUCUUGUCCACAGAUCUGGCUGUCUACUUCAGGAAGCGUGGUGCGUUUCUGUCGCUGGUUCAGUCUCGGUCGUACAACUGGCACAGAGAAGAUCACCGUGAGUUGCUGAGAGGCAUGACUAUGACAGUGUGUGAUCUGGCGGCCAUCACCAAGCCUUGGGCCAUCGAGAAAAGGGUUGCUGACUUGGUUACGAGUGAGUUUUUUGAGCAAGGAGACAUUGAACGUCAGGAGCUCAAUAUCACACCAAUUGACAUAAUGAACCGAGAGAAAGAAGACCAACUACCCCUCAUGCAGGUUGGCUUCAUUGACUCCAUCUGCCUUCCUAUUUAUCAGUCAUUCGCCGAAUUGAGUGACAAGUUGCAGCCAUUGCUGGACGGUGUGUUGGCCAACAAGCAACAGUGGCUGGCCAUCGCAGCGCAACAACAACAGACCAACCAUGACAGGGAACACCAACACAGCUAGCACUCGUCAGGUGUUGGAGGCACAAAACCAAAAUAGUGGACCACUCUUUGUCUGCUGCUUUAAUUACUUUAGUAUUUGUUUCUAAUUGUUAUUUAAGUCAAGUCAUGAAACUUGUGUUUGAAUGUUCAAAAAUGUAUGUUUUACUGCCUAAUGUUUAGGUAAAAGUAAUAUAUUAUUGUACACUGGCAACAAAAUUAGGUAUUGACAAGUCGAUGUAAAUAUAUUUAUCUCAAAUCUAUGUUGGCUCUGAUUUUCCUAAUUUUUUAA